AUGGCUGAGAGAAUUGGUGCUUCUUCCCUCAAGGUUGUUUCUAGAAAGUCAUUGCUUUUCUUCUUCAUAAUGACAUCUGUUCUGUUCAUCAUGUCUUGGUUCUUUGUUCUCCGAUCCACGAGUCGUCCUCAUUUCAUUGACCAUAACUUGUUGCCCAAUUCAAAGCUUUUCUCUACCUUAGAUGGUUCAAAGUCUCAUAUGCAGAAGCAAAAUGUUGAAUCUUCGUUUGGGAACCGAGCGAUUCUUGUGGAUAGUGAAGAUGUAGAAGAGGCAAGUGAGACAAAAGCUCGUAAUGGGAAGGAAAAACUAGUGAAACAUGAUGGAAAGAAAUGCAACAGAAAUGAUGAGGUUGUUCUCAAGGUUUUCAUGUAUGAUUUACCUCCAGAGUUCCAUUUUGGACUCUUGGAUUGGAAACCAAGUGGGAAUAGUGUGUGGCCUGAUGUUAGAACUAAUAUACCUGGUUACCCUGGGGGUUUGAAUUUGCAACAUAGUAUAGAGUUUUGGCUUACAUUGGAUAUUCUUGCUUCAGAAUUUCCCCAAGCCUCUAAGGCUAGGACUGUAAUCCGAGUUCAAAACUCUAGUGAAGCCGAUAUUAUAUUUGUGCCAUUCUUUUCAUCUUUGAGCUAUAACCGCUACUCGAAAAGUAAACCGCAUGUAAAGAAAAGCAAGAACAAGAUACUGCAAGAAAAGUUAGUGACGUAUUUGAUGGCUCAAGAGGAAUGGAAGAGAUCAGGAGGAAAGGAUCAUUUGAUUUUAGCACACCAUCCCAACAGUAUGUUGGAUGCAAGAAUGAAGUUGUGGCCUGCUACAUUCAUUCUUUCAGACUUUGGGAGGUAUCCUCCAAAUAUAGCUAAUGUUGAAAAGGAUGUGAUUGCACCUUAUAAACAUUUAAUCAGUUCCUAUGUCAAUGACAACUCCAACUUUGAUAGCCGACCGACAUUGUUGUACUUCCAAGGGGCAAUAUAUAGAAAAGAUGGAGGUUUAGCGCGGCAAGAGCUAUUCUAUCUUCUGAAAGAUGAAAAGGAUGUGCAUUUUUCCUUUGGAAGCAUUGGGAAAGAUGGAAUCAAGAAAGCAACAGAAGGCAUGCGUGCUUCCAAGUUCUGCCUCAACAUAGCCGGUGACACCCCUUCAUCGAACCGAUUGUUCGAUGCCAUUGCUAGUCACUGUGUCCCUGUCAUCAUCAGUGACAAAAUUGAGCUACCAUAUGAAGAUGUCAUUGAUUACUCUGAGUUCUGCAUAUUUGUUCGUACUAGUGAUGCCAUCAAAGAAAAGUUUCUAAUAAACUUCAUCAGGGGUAUUGCCAAAGAAGAGUGGACCCGAAUGUGGAACAAGUUGAAAGAGGUUGAACAUUUCUUUGAAUUUCACUUCCCUUCUAAGGAAAAUGAUGCUGUCCAAAUGAUUUGGCAAGCUGUUGCACGUAAGGUUCCUGCUAUGAGAUUAAAGCUAAAUAGGUUUGAGAGGUUUUCUAGGUCCCCUCCAAGUACGGACGAAGGACUAAGAUCAAUACCUGUUCCAAAGAAUUUUUGGUGA